AUGGACAACUCAACAUAUGGUCUGAUCAAAUUUCUAUUUCCACGCCUACCGUCCUUGACCAAAACAGCCCUCUCUCAUUCCCUAUGGUUGUCUCCGACUUCUUCGAAAUGGGAUCUGCGGACCGAGAUGACUGUUGCUUUGUUACGUUCUCUCAUGAACGGCGGUCCCUCUCCUGUUGGAAAGACACAAGCUCAAACUUUGAAUGAUCCCGGAGCCAAGGGCAAGGUGUGGACCGCCAGAGUCACCAUUCCAGUUCCCGAAGAUGAGAGCGUUAGAGACGCUACUUUCACCGCCAUCGCAGAUCUUGGAGAUGGCAACGAGACAUACAUCAAACCCGCACUGUCAGCUAUUGAUGCUGAGUGGACGGGCUUCAGGCCUGGCGCCGAGACCGAGGAGCCCCUGCCAGACAUUUCAGAACAGGAAAAGUACAAAAGACUCAUGAACGAGCCCACUAAAACGAGCAAGACAACAGUUCUGUACUUCCAUGGUGGAGCCUACUACUUGUGCGGCUUUGGAACACACAGAUUACAGGUCUCAAAACUCGCAAAGGCUUGUAACGGUCGAGCAUUCAAUGUUGGCUAUCGCCUUGCACCCCAGGAUGCAUUCCCUGCCCAAUUAUUGGACGCGUUGAACUCAUAUCUGUAUCUCUUAUAUCCACCUCCCGGAUCUCUACAUGAGCCGGUAUCGGCCAGCGACAUUGUCUUUGCUGGUGACUCCGCAGGUGGCAACCUAUCCUUUGCGUUGCUCCAACUUCUGUUGCAGCUCCAUCGCACAAAGCCAUCCAGUGCUAAGAACCCUACUGUCCGCUACCAUGGAAAGACUGUAGAGGUACCGCUGCCCGCAGGAGCAUCGGCCAACUCUGGUUGGUUCGACAUUACCAGAUCGAUGCCCUCUUUAGUGAGCAAUGCAAAGUAUGAUUAUCUUCCGCCAGCGGACCAUGAUGAUGCCUUGGGACGUUUCCCGAAAGACAACGUUUGGCCGACUACGCCUCCAAGAGGUGACUUGUUCUGUGAUCUCAGCAUGAUGUGCCACCCUCUUGUAUCUCCGCUUGCCGCAAAAGACUGGUCGAAUUCUCCACCACUUUGGAUAGAGACCGGAGAGGAGCUUCUGACCGAUGAGGACUUGAUAGUCGCUGUCAGGGCAGCUACACAAGGCGUGAAGGUUCAUUUCGAGCAGUACGAGGCGAUGCCUCAUUGCUUUGCUAUGCUCUUGCCCACACUUGCUACCAGCAAGCGCUGUAUCGAUUCGUGGGGCACGUUUUGUCGGAAGAGUACAGAAGGCAGUGUAGAGACAAGCGGGACUUGGAUCGCAGCAAAAACUGGCCUCGAAAGAGAGGUUGAUGUGACAAAGGUCACAAAACUGACUGUUGACGACGCCAUCAAGAGAAUGAGAGAUGCUCAAAGGAGGCGCUAUGCAGGCUAUGAGAAGGAGGCCAAGUCCAUGCCUAAUCCAAGCUUGUAG